AUGGCUCUGUCCAACCUUGUUGUCUUCGGCCUGCUCGCCUCCCUUGCACCAGCCCUUGUCGCUGCCUCGGCCGUCCCCCUUUCUCCCGUCGACAUCAAUAACAACAACAACGACUAUGGCCUCAACCUCGAGCGCCGCGCCCUCCCAAACAGCCCCUCCGGCAACUACUCGCCCCUCGCCGUCGACUGCCCGGCCGCCCGGCCCUCCGCCCGUGCCGCCAACGCCCUGUCCCCCAGCGAGACCGACUGGCUCGCGCUGCGCCGCAACAACACCCUGCAGCCGCUCAUUGAUUUCCUGGUGGCCGCCAACAUCUCGGGCUUCGACGCCAAGGCGUACAUUUCCGGCGCCUCCGACGCCAACCGGCCCAAGAUUGGCCUGGCCAUGUCCGGCGGCGGCUACCGCGCGCUGAUGAACGGCGCCGGCUUCUUGGCCGCCGCCGACAGCCGCACCGCCGACCAGCCGGCCAACGGCAGCAUCGCGGGUCUGCUGCAGGCGUCCACGUACCUGGCGGGUCUGUCGGGCGGCGGCUGGCUGGUGGGCUCCAUGUUUGCCAACAACUUCUCGACCAUCGUGCAGAUGCGCGACGGCUACCCCGGCUCGGAUCUUUGGCGGUUUGACAACUCCAUUUUCGUCGGCCCCAGCAAGGACGCCCAGGACAGCGGCAGCAACACCUCGCGCUCCGCCAAGCGUGACGACACCGCCGACGUGUCUGUGGAGCGCCGCGGCAUCCUCUCGACCGCCGAGUACUGGACCGACGUGGCCCAUCAGGUCGCCGCCAAGGCCGACGCCGGCUACGAGACGUCGCUGACCGACUACUGGGGCCGCGCCCUCUCGUACCAGCUCAUCAACGCCCCCGACGGCGGCCUCGACUACACCUUCUCGUCCAUUGCCCUGACCGACAACUUUGCCAGCGCCGACACCCCGUUCCCUAUCCUCGUGGCCGACAGCCGCGCCCCCGGCACCACCAUCAUUGCCCUGAACUCGACCGUCUAUGAGUUCAACGCCUUCGAGAUGGGCUCCUGGGACCCGACGACCUUCGGCUUCGUGCCCACCGAGUUCCUGGGCUCCAACUUCUCCAGCGGCGAGGUCCCCACGGCCAGCGACAGCCACUGCGUGCGCGGCUUCGACCAGCUCGGCUUCGUCAUGGGCACCUCGUCGACGCUCUUCAACCAGUUCCUGCUGGCCAACCUGAGCGCCCAGGCCAACGUCCCCACGUUUGUGCUCAACAUCAUCGAGGACCUGCUCACGGACCUGGGCCAGGCCAACAACGACAUUGCCCAAUACGUGCCCAACCCCUUUUACAAGUACCACCCGGCGACCAACGACUUUGCCAACGCGACCCAGCUGACGCUCGUCGACGGCGGCGAGGACCUGCAGAACCUCCCGCUGCACCCGCUGAUCCAGCCCGUGCGCGCCGUCGACGUCAUUGUCGCCGUCGACUCGUCCGCCGACACCAACUUCAACUGGCCCAACGGCACCGCCCUGCGCGCCUCCUACGACCGCUCCUUGGGCGCCAUCGCCAACGGCACCCUGUUCCCGCCCGUCCCCGACGACCACACCUUUGUCAAUCUCCAGCUCAACCAGCGCCCCACCUUUUUCGGCUGCAACGCCAGCAACUUCUCCCUGUCGGACGGCCAGACCCUGCCCCCGCUCGUCGUGUACCUGCCCAACGCCCCCUUGAGCGAGUUCAGCAACGUCUCGACCUUUGACCCCAGCUACCCCUUGGCCCAGCGCAACGCCAUCAUCCAAAACGGCUUCAACGCCGCCACCCGCGGCAACGGCACCCUCGACGCCCGCUGGCCCACCUGCCUGGCCUGCGCCGUCCUGAGCCGCAGCUUCACGCGCACCCAGACCGCGGUCCCCGCCGUCUGCAGCAGCUGCUUCGCCCAGUACUGCUGGAACGGCACGCUCAGCACCGCCGACAACGGCGCGUACGCGCCGGCCCUGCUGCUCGAAGGCGCCGCGUCGUCCAACGCCACAAACGCCGCCGGCCGUCUGGGCGCCGCCGGCCAUGGCUGGGCCAAGGCGCUGGCCGUGGGUGUGUCGGUCGUGGUCGUGCUGGCACUGUGA